ACAUUUCAGCUGUCAAUGAGGUUUCGGAUUUGUGGUUAUCUUCGCUCAAGUUCUCGAUUUUACUUAUUUUUUCUAGAAGUUUGCUCGGUGAUUCAUUGCGCGGAAUAAAAGCAUAGUGAUUUGUGUUUACAUCGUUAGUAGCGUAACACACAUUGAGCGGAUUAUUGUCUGUUUAUGUGAAGUUUUAUUCGUACUGAAAGAAAAACUACUCUGAUAAGAAAUGGAAUCAAGUAAUUCACCGUCCCGAACGAGUCAUAAUUCUGGUAGGGCUGGCCAGUUGCUUCCUGUACCAAGUGCUCCACUGCAGUCUAAUUCAGCUGUCGUCAGCCAUGAGGCUUCACAUGUAUCUAUGCAACCUAGAGCACCCAGAAGUUUACAGGGUCUUUUGAAGUAUGCUAUGGAAGCAACACAGGCUCAAGAUGCCCCAGGAAAUGCAGAUCUACGAAUGGAUGAAGAGAGGCGUCAAUUCCUAGAGGAAGCAUUGAGAAGUUUGACAGUGAACGUGACAGAGGUACUUGAUAAUGCCAUCAAAGUCCUCACAAACUCCGUCAAGAUGAAUGACAUUAAGAUGGAGGAUCAGCUGCCUGAUGAAGUGAAGAAUUCUUUCACUGUCUUACUGGAUCAUGUUGAUAAUAUUGAUGUGGCUAAUGAUUUCCACAAGAUGGGAGGCUUCGCCAUGUUCCCAAUAUGCUACAGCAGUAAGAAUGCAGAGAUCAGAGAACGGGCUAGCGCUGUGUUGGGCACACUCUGUCAGAACAACCCGUAUUGUCAGACCCGGGCGUUGGAGUGCGGUCUGCUACAUGUGUUGCUGAAUCUGGUGCAGACGGAACAGGGGCAUACGCUCACUAAGUGUCUUUAUGCUAUAUCAUGUUCAACUCGCGAGUUCGAGCCCGCCUGUCGCGAGCUGAUAGCUCAGGGCGGCUGCAGCACCCUGGUGGCAGUACUCAGUGCUCCCGAACCCGCUGCUAAGACUAAGGCUGCCUUCCUCAUCAGAUAUUUUUGCCAGCAUUACCCUGAAGCGAAAAAACAAUUCAUCAAACAAAAUAUAGUGAUGAUAAUAAUUGCCAAGAUCCAAGAAAAUCGGGAUGAAAGUACGGAGCACUUACUGAGCAUACUACAAGUCCUAGUAACAAGCAAUGAUGCCACCGUUCUAAAGCAAUGUAGGGAGCCUCGGAGUAACCUUAAGAACAUUUUGGAAAACCAUCUAAGCAGACCGGAGUUGAGUGAUGAUCGGUUCACUGAAGAAAAAGAGUAUUGUCAAGAUGUAUUACUGCAUGUAUUUGGUAGUACUGUGAAUAACCAGGCUAUAAGAUAGUUUUGACUACUGUGUAGUUUAAUUGUGUUGUUUUUGUACUAAAUUAUUAUUUUCAUAAGAAGCACCAAAAUGUGCCUGAUUGAUAUGGAAACUUGGUUUACCAUAUGAUGCAAUUUAUGCAUUUGUUUUCCAAUUGAGAAUUAUUUAAAAGUUUGCAUAGGCAUUAUUUUCUUUCCCAGCAACUAUUUGUGAAAUAAUUAAUUUAGUAUGCAGACAAAACUUGGUUUACUUGUAAAUAUUGUUUUGCAGGUGUAAAUGAAUAACUUAGUUGUAAAUGUUAACGCUUCAAAUUUGUUUGUGAAGCAGCAGGGUUUUAUAUUGAAAUAGCUUAUUUUAGUGGAAUUUGAAUAAUUGGUAUCUGUGUUCUCAAUCUCGAAUGUGAUUGUCAGUUUAUUAUUUUUUCUCUGAAAGUUUCAAUGUACAGUGUGUUGGACAAAUAAGCCUCUGUAUUGAAAUAAUUUGAACAUGAACUGCCUACUAGCAUUUAUAAGUAUGUACCUGAUCAUUUAUUUCGAAUUCGUUCGAAAUAUAAGCACAUAUUCCAAUCUACAUUCAAUGACCACUUUUUAAAGAAAUAUGAAGAUUGCAUAGUAUAUGCAACAUCAUGAGUACCUACCUAUUUAAUGUAUUUUUAGCUAUCGCACACAAAAGCUACAGCUUUAUAUUAACCAGAAUAAUAACAGCAACUUAACUAUGUAAAUAAUAAAGUUUUUAAGUUGUAAAAGUUGGUUUUAUUUAUGAAAAAUUACAAAGAUGGUAGCACAUAGAUAUUUUGAUACUUUUUCCCGCUAGAAUUGUUAUGUAGCAUUGGUAUUUUUUUUUCAUAUUUCAAACAUGGAACGUCAUAAAUAAUUUUGCUUUUUUUAUUUCCACAACUUCAACUUAUUUAGUACUCGACAACGCGGACUUUUUCGGGAGCCUCUUCCUCUUCAGAGGGAGGGCUGCCAGCGUCCUCCUCGGAAGAUGGGUUAGAACCGUCCUCCUCAGAAGAUGAUGGGUUAGCACCGUCUUCCUCGGAAGAGGAGCUGCUCUCGGAGGAAGGCUCGCUGCUCUCAGAGGAAGAGCUCUCG